CAGUUUCCUACACUUACUUGAGAGAGACAAUCCAUGCGGGGGCGAGAACUCGUCCCUUCAUAUAUUUCCCUACCUGUCGCGGUUGUUCCUGAUUCUUUCUUUAUUCCUUCUCUUUACGAGAGGGACUCCACUCGUUGAUUUACAAAAUACAGACCUUCUGGAGACUGAUUGCAGUCGAAGUCACUGACUGCUACCAAGCUGCCCCAAUCGGGUCUGGCCCUCUCCCCCCCCCUUGAUUGCGGUCUGUCCUGUCGUUUCGGUUUGCUGGUAUCGUCGUAGACGAACUUAGUCGGCACCAAAAUGGCCGACGAAACUCAGGUCUUAUCCAUUCAGGACCGCAUCAAGGCCUUGAAACAGGCACAGGCUGGACAAGGUACUGAGGGGCCAGGAUCGCCGUUCCUGGGCUCACAGCAGCCAACCGCCUUUGCGCUACGUCCAGCUCCUCCACGGGCCAACUCAAUCACCAACAACACUCUUUCGCAUAACAGCUCUAAUGGCUCUGCGCCUCCCAAAUUACCAGCAUGUAAUACGAUUCCGAUCCCUGGGGUUCCACCACGCCCAAUUCCUCGACCAACCCCCAACGAUGUGACCCCAGCGACCGGGCAGAAGCCCAGGAUCCCCCCGCCUCUGCCAGCCCGCAAAAGCUCGAGCCAACUAGCUCCCUCAUUACCUCCUCGACGGCCUUCCGGCGAUUCUAUAGCCUCUGAUGUAUCCGGAUCAACGUCUACAAGCUCUGGGAGGUCGAGAGUAACUGCGGCCAGUUCUACAGGUUCUGUGGUAAGGGCGCCGGCAUGGGGCGUGGGUGAGCUCCCCCCUUUGCCUCUUAAACGGCAACCGUCGCAGCCCAUCCUACCGGUGUCGCGCCCGAAAGCUACGACUACUCCAAGCAGUGGAAGUUUGUCGGCUCCUCGACCAUCUCUCCCCCCUCGUCGGAGCUCAAACCAAAGCGUUGUCUCGACCGAGAGUAGUAGCUUCUCUCAGUCCCGUCUCCCCCCUGCAUUGCCCUCCCGAGAUAAGUCACCGGCUCCUAGCGAAGAAAUCGGUAGUAGACAACCAACAAAAAGACUUCCGCCACCACCCCCUUCCGGGGCCGAGUUGGAUAAAAUCCAGCGCUCGGGGUUUUCUGCAAUGCAUAAUAAGAUUUUGGAUAGGGAUACGAAGGGCGCUGGCCGAGAGCAAAUUCCAGCCGAGGUGCCGCCGCCAGCACCACCACCUGUGCCGCUAGCGUUGCGCCCAGACCUUUCUCAGAUACAAGCCACCAAGCCAAAAGUUUUCGUGACAAAUGGAACACCCGUGGUACAGAGUUCGGGAUGUUUGAAAUGCCGUGACUUUUCCGGGCCAGACACCCACGCCGCCCGGUAUCCGCGAGAAUCACUUCCCACUCAAGAUAUCGGAUGGCUGGCUAGGGAGCUCACUGCUCCGUUCAUCUCCCACACGGACAAGGCGAGAGCCCUCUUCACGUGGCUGCAUCACAACGUAGAUUAUGAUGUGUACUCGUUUUUCAACCGUUGCGUCAAGCCGUCGACGCCUUCGAGCACCCUUGCUUCUGGGCUCGCUGUCUGCGAGGGCUAUGCUGGCCUCUUUGCUGCGCUGGCCAUUCAAGCGGGGUUGGAGGCAGCCGUGGUCUCCGGUCACGGCAAAGGUUACGGCUAUUCCGCUCCAGCCCCAGGAGCACCUCUCCCACCCCAGGCGGCAGGCCAUGCCUGGAACGUGGUGAGGAUUGACAACGGGCAAUGGAAACUCAUCGACCCCUGUUGGGGUGCUGGGCAUAUUCAAGGACCGGGCCAACCGUAUGUUCGUAGCUUUAACCCGGCGAUGUUCACGGAUUCCAACGAUGAGUUUGGGCUUCGGCACUUCCCUACGAACGCAAGCCACUUUUACCGAGACGAUGGGCGGCCUGAAAUCAGUUGGGAAGAAUACAUUCUAGGCCACCCAAAUUCACCAUUUGGUGCAGCCCAGCCCAAUAUAUAUGGGGAUGCAGAUAAGCACAGCAUUGGAAGACGGUCUUUCCGACCAGCGGCGGAGUGUAUAUCGGUCAACCAACCCGGCCCCCUGCGUGUUCAAUUCAACCUGAUCUGCGAGCACUGGACGCUGGAAGGUCACAGCCGGGCAAAACCGGGUCUGUUUCUGUUGCUGGUGCAUGGCAUUGACGGCCGCAACGACGACCGUCUUCCUUUGACGCAUUACCGAGGCGCUGGGCCGACUGGCGGCGGAGAUGUCUGGUAUGUGGAUGUCCCCGAUGCGAGAAUUCUGGGAGCACCAGGCCAACAGGUCCAACUUGCGGUUCUUACAAGCUUUGGAGACAAACAAGAUGCCCGGGGGGUUACCGCAGAGGAGUACCGGCGUCAAGUAGGCCGGGUGGGGAUGGCCUGGGCAAUCAUUGCAGAGUGGGAGCUUGUGGCUUAAGGGGUUAUACCGUUAUUAUCCUUGAUCAAUCUAGCCGAGGUGGAAUAAUUAUUGAUUCAUUGGCAUGUCUUUUUUUUUUUUUUCCCUUCCUAAUUAUUCAUCCGCGCAUUGUGAACACUCAGUCCCUGCUUGGUCCCGAUUUCUUUUCUUUUAUACCCCAUUUUCAGGCUAGAUGACCCUCGCGCAGCAUCGGGGUUUGUUAAUACACGAAAUGAUAACAAUAAUGCUAAUGACGACAUGGUUCUCUUCUUCCCUCCCUGUAUCCUGUUGGAACUUUGUUAUCCUCGUGUUGCAGACAUGACCGAGGGUGUAUACCCGCCAGGAGAUUUUUAAAAAGAAAUAAA